AUGGCGGACUACAAUUAUGGAGGCUCCGAGGAAGAGAAUGCGGAGUUGAGGAAGCUUGAAGUUGAAUUGCUCGAUGACCCCGAUAACUUCGAGACAUGGGAGAAACUUGUUCGCGCUGCCGAGGCUUUGGAGGGUGGCAUCAACCGCAACUCCAACCCCCAAGCUAUUACCACCGUCCGCAAUGUUUACGAUCGCUUCCUGGCCAAGUUCCCUCUGCUGUUCGGAUACUGGAAGAAGUAUGCCGACCUGGAAUUUUCCCUCACCGGAACCGAAGCUGCAGAUAUGGUCUAUGAGCGAGGUGUUGCUAGCAUCUCCCCCUCGGUCGAUCUCUGGACCAACUACUGCUCCUUCAAGGCCGAGACUUCUCACGACGCUGACGUGAUUCGAGAGCUUUUUGAACGUGGUGCUAGCAGUGUCGGCUUGGACUUCUUGGCACACCCGUUCUGGGAUAAGUACAUCGAGUUCGAGGAACGUGUGGAGGCCGUUGACAAGAUCUUCGCCAUCCUGGGUCGGGUUAUCCACAUCCCCAUGCACCAGUAUGCCCGGUACUUCGAGCGGUAUAGACAAUUGGCGCAAGCUCGGCCCGUUGCCGAACUGGCAUCCCCCGAAACGCUGUCACAAUUCCGUGCGGAGCUCGACGCCGCUGCAGGUCAGAUUGCUCCCGGUGCAAAGGCCGAGGCUGAAGUUGAAAGAGAUCUCCGACUGCGCGUCGAUAGUCACCACCUUGAGAUUUUCUCCAAGACCCAGACCGAGACCACCAAGCGUUGGACUUACGAGUCGGAGAUCAAGCGUCCAUACUUCCAUGUUACUGAGCUGGAUGAAGGUCAGCUAUCGAACUGGAAGAAGUACUUGGAUUUCGAGGAGUCCGAGGGAUCUUAUGCUCGUAUUCAGUUCCUGUACGAGAGGUGUCUCGUGACUUGCGCUCACUACGAUGAAUUCUGGCAGCGUUAUGCCCGCUGGAUGGCCGCUCAGCCCGGCAAGGAUGAGGAAGUCCGCAUUAUCUACCAACGUGCAAGCUGCUUGUACGUGCCUAUUGCCAACCCGACAACGCGGCUUCAGUAUGCCUAUUUCGAGGAGAUGAGCGACCGUGUGGAUGUUGCCAAGGAAAUUCACGAGGCCAUCCUGAUUCAUCUGCCCAACCACGUGGAGACGAUAGUGUCUUUGGCCAACAUGUCGCGUCGCCACGGCGGACUUGAAGCUGCCAUUGAGGUGUACAAGACUCAGCUUGACUCGCCACAGUGUGACCUCGCCACAAAGGCGGCUCUCGUCGCGGAAUGGGCUCGCCUUCUGUGGAAGAUCAAGGGCUCGUCCGAAGAGGCUCGUCAAGUCUAUCAGAAGAACCAGCAAUAUUACCUGGACAGCCGUCCGUUCUGGACGAGUUAUCUUCACUUCGAACUCGAUCAGCCCACGAGUUCGACCUCCGAAACGGUCCAAUACGAGCGCAUCAAGCAAGUCGUCGAUGAAAUUCGGACCAAGAGUUCCCUUCCCGCUCAAGCAGUGCGAGAGCUUGUGCAAGUCUACAUGGUUUAUCUCCUGGAACGCGGCACCAAGGAUGCGGCGAAGGAGUACAUGACCCUUGACCGGGAGGUCCACGGGCCUGCCUCGGUUUCGCACAUGCAGGCUACUGAGGCGGCGGCAGCAGCACCAGCCCCGGUGGCAGCCGCCCCGGUGACCCCAGCAACGGCGGAAGUAGUUGUUCCUACACCCCAAGCCAACCCUUAUGCUGGUUACUACCAGCAGGCGCCUGUCAACGGCGACGCCCCAGCGGCGUGCUGUAUUUCCUCCCUCUUUCUAUCUCCACAACUCACCAUGGAUGGUAUAAUCACUAACGGUUCGUUGGAGACUCCCCCUCCUCCUAUGCCCCCUCCAGAACCCAUCGAACGUCCGCCUUCUCCUCCCCCGCCUCCAGAGGACUCCUCCGCGCCUCCUCCGCCGCCAGACACGUCCGCACCUCCGCCACCGCCGGAGGACCUUCCACCUGCUCCGCCACCAGAGCCAGAAUCCAAGAAGAAGAAAGUCGGAUGGGGAGCCCCGAAACGACCGGCUGCUACGCCUCUGAGUGUCGAGGAGCUGGUGCGCAAGAAACGAGAAGCUGAUGCUGCAGCUGCCAAGGUAGAUUUCACUCGGGCUUCGUUUAAAUCAAGCUACACAGCUAACAAUCCCCAGCCCAAAUUUCUGUCGAAGAAGGAACGAGAAAAGAUCGCCCUCGAGAAGCGCCAAAAGGAAGUCGAAGCUGCGCGCAGACUCAAGACCGAUCAGACGUCCUCCGAGACGACCGACAACACAUCCUUCAACCGCUCAUCAGAGUCCCGCCACAAUGACAACUCCCGCUCGAUCCCUACCGGUCCACGAGCCAUGCGCAACUCUUCCGAUGCGCCCAGCGCGCCGGCUUCGAUGCGCAACACCAAGAACUACGAUCUCUCGCCGCCCCCUCCCCCUAAACCGAUGUCGUAUGGCUUGACCAGCGGCCCUGGCAAACAACAUAAGAGCAGAAGAAGCGCCGUGGAUGACGCUGAGGAGGAACAAGCAGCACAAGCUGCCCUUAUCAAGCAACGGUACAUGGGCGCCGACCAGACGUCGAAUUUCUCCGCGAAGAAGAAGCGCAAGCGCACGACGGAUCGCAAGUUCAACUUCGAGUGGAAUGCUGAGGAAGACACUAGCGGCGACUACAACCCGCUCUACAAACACCGACACGAAGCCAACUUCUUCGGCCGUGGCCGUCUAGCUGGCUUCGGUGACGAUGUGGCUGACGCAGUGGCCAAGACCUACGCGCGGGCUUUAGAGGACCGCGACCGCGAAGCUGGCAGCAUCCGCGCGCGCGAAAUCCUGGAGAUGGAGCGCCGUCGCCGCGAAGAGAGUACCCGCAACCAGCUGGACAAGCACUGGUCCGAGAAGAAGCUCGAGCAUAUGCGCGAGCGUGAUUGGCGUAUCUUCAAGGAAGAUUUCAACAUUAGUACCAAGGGUGGGAGCGUGCCCAACCCAAUGCGCUCGUGGGAUGAAUCGGGACUGCCCUCGCGUCUACUGGAGCUUAUCGGCCAGGUUGGCUAUAAAGAACCCACUCCUAUCCAGCGUGCGGCUAUUCCCAUCGCUAUGCAGAAUCGCGACCUCAUCGGUGUGGCUGUCACUGGUUCCGGUAAAACGGCGGCAUUCCUUCUCCCACUUCUCUGCUACAUUGCGGAGCUUCCUCGGAUUGACGAAUUCGAAUGGCGCAAGAACGAUGGACCUUACGCUAUUAUCGAGAUUGAAGCCAAGAAGUUCACCCAACCGCUUGGAUUCAACGUCGAACAAGCCUACAGUCUCCGUGAUGGUGCGGAGAUCAUUAUCGCUACGCCUGGUCGUCUCGUCGACUGUAUCGAGCGCCGGAUGCUCGUCCUCACCGAUCGGAUGAUCGAUCUGGGUUUCGAAGAGCCUGUCAACAAAAUCCUGGAUGCCUUGCCUGUUACCAACGAGAAGCCGGACACCGACGAGGCCGAGAACUCCAUUGCAAUGAGCCGCCAUAUCAACUCGAAUCAACCGUCCCAUCUCCAACGCUACCGUCAAACAAUGAUGUACACGGCCACCAUGCCUUCAGCCGUCGAACGCAUCGCCCGCAAAUACCUCCGCCGUCCGGCCAUUGUGACCAUUGGUAGUGCCGGUGAAGCCGUCGAUACAGUCGAGCAGCGCGUGGAACUGAUCGCAGGAGAAGACAAGCGCAAGAAACGCCUCGGCGAGAUCCUGUCGUCAGGCGAUUUCCGGCCUCCGAUUAUUGUGUUCGUCAACAUCAAGCGCAACUGCGAUGCCAUUGCUCGGGAGAUCAAACAGUGGGGCUUCUCGUCUGUCACUUUGCACGGUAGUAAGACGCAAGAACAGCGUGAGGCGGCGCUGGCAUCCGUUCGGAACGGGUCGACCGAUGUGUUGGUGGCGACCGACCUGGCGGGUAGAGGUAUCGAUGUGCCAGAUGUCAGUCUGGUCAUUAACUUCAACAUGGCGACGAGUAUCGAGAGUUACACGCAUCGUAUUGGUCGUACGGGUCGUGCUGGAAAGAGUGGUGUUGCCAUCACCUUCCUCGGGAACGAGGAUUCCGACGUUAUGUACGACCUCAAACAGAUGCUCAUCAAGUCGCCUAUCUCCCGGGUUCCCGAGGAGCUUCGCAAGCACGAGGCGGCGCAGUCCAAGCCGACGCGAGGCAUGCCCAAGAAGAUCGAGGAAAGUACGGGAAAUGCUGGCAAGGGUGGGUGGUAG